GGAGCAGCCUGUAUCUAUGGAAAUAUGUUGACACUAUUAACAUUUAAACGUCAGAGACGUCAAAAUAAUACUUAACCUCACUUGUUUUUCCUGACAGUCAUCAGAAAAUUUAGAAUUCAUAAAUUAAAAAUGGGCUCAAGUAAAGAUGAAUUAGAGCUCUUUGAGCGUGUCUUCCUCAGACUCGGCUCGACAGAAACAGAUCAACAGCUUGAAAGUGUACUGGGAAAGUUUUUAACUCCUGUUUUACUCAAAUUAGCCUCUCCUCAUGAGCAAGUGCGUAAAAAGGUCAUGGAGUUACUCAUUCACAUAAAUAAAAGACUGAAAACUAGACCAUUGGUUCAACUGCCGGUGGAAGCACUUCUAACUCAGUAUCAUGAUCCUAAAGCUACUUCUUUUGUGAUAAAUUUUUCUAUUAUUUAUAUCAAAACAGGGUUUCCACGUUUACCAGUAGAAAAACAAGUUGAGCUUGUUCCUGCAGUUCUGAAUGCUCUUAAAGACAAACCGCAGACUCAUGUUGAUAGUUUACUCUUCUUACUUCUGCCUCUUUUAGACAAGGUAAAGGUCCCAACAGACCCAAAACAAACACCUUCUGUUUUUGGUCUGGAUGAAAAACAGGAAUUGAGCAAACACUUACUCGGCUUCUUAUUAGAUGUUCUCUUAUUACCUUAUGGUGCUGUGGGCCCUAAAACAGAGUCACAGUCUGAAAAUAAUAGUCCAUCUUUAACUAUUCCUCCUGCAAUGAGUGAAUAUUCAUUUAAGAGAGUUACUACUGAAAAUCCAAUGAAGCCAGAUGAGUUAGAAGAGGUGAAGUUGGGUAUUGUGAAAUUCCUUGCACAUGGAAUUUUUAAAAAUGAGGACAUCAUUUUGCAUUUUAUUGUUGCAUCUUCAGACACAAGAUUUAGUGUAGCAAAUUUAGCUGAGACUGAAGUAAGGAAAAUUAUAGGGACUAUCGAUUGGAGUUCUUCUAGUGUUUGCUUACCAAUAUAUAUAAUGUAUUUGGGAAGUCAAGGAAAUGUAAGACAGGAUCAAAAGAAAUCCCCUGCUAGUAUAAGAAUACGUUUGAAACUACUUCAAUACCUGUGUAGAGCAAAAGAUAAUGGCUUGAUUUUCCCGAUGUGCAUCCAAGUAGUAUUUGACUCUUUGUAUGGAAAUAAUACUAACACAAAAUUAAAGGGUUUGGCAUUGAAUUUUACGAAUAAUAUAAUAAGAAGUGGCAACAUGAGCACUCUUAAAAAAUUGGCAUCCGUUCUUCUUGGGGGGCUUCAGAAAUAUACAAAUGAAGGUGAAGAAAAUCAGAAAGGUCAAGCAUAUGUCUUGAUAGGUCUUUUGGCACAAAAAUUUCCGGAUUUGGUGUACCAUAACCUCACUCUGUUUGAACACUUUUUGCAUAACUUGGAAGAAGCAUCUGCUGAUUUGAAAUUGCAAAUACGUGAAGGACUUUUGAGCUUUAUUAUAGCUUUCAAGUAUGAUAGUAACCCGGAUGAAGCAGAUAAAGAUGGAAGGCUCAAUUUAAUUUAUGCCUUAGUUAAAAAUAGGUGCAAUUCUGAAGAUGUCUUAGUACGAUUUGUAACUGUGAAGGUAUUGGCCUGUGUGUUUCCUCCCGAUCAUGUACCAUCUAAGCUUCUACUCCUGCAGGCUUGUGGAGAUAUGAAAGAUGAGGUGUCUUCAGAAGCAUAUAAAUCUUUGUAUGGUCAAUCAAGAAAAGCAGACAUCAAUCUUUCAAAUUUGAGUGACAAACAUGUUACACUCCCCUCAUUCACAGCAAUUAUUAAAUAUAUUGAGAAUGAGGAUAAGAGUCAAAGGAAACAAACUUCUGGAAAUGAACUACUGCCAUAUACAGUGGAUGUUUGCAAGGAGGUUCUCAUAUAUGUUAGAUUGUGUCUUAUUCAAGAUGCAAAAGUGCCUUUGGUGAGGGAAAUCAUGAACCAUCCUUGCGAUGACACUCCAAUAAUAGCAGAACAUUUGAGAAAAAUAUAUUCUGAGCCUGCUCAAGAAGAUUUUGAAGCGUUUAAUAAUUAUCUGAAGCUUUGCAGACAGUUGUUGAUUUCAAACUCAGCAAUUGAGGCCCUUGCUUGUUUAGUUGAAGCAAUCGGAUGUCUUCCUCAAUAUUCAUCCGUUCUCUCUGAAGACACCAACUGGAUAAAUGAUCAGUUGCUGAGUUCUGUCAAAACUGAAGUUAGAGAGUAUGCUUCAGUUUUGUAUGGACUUCUUCUGAUGAAUGUAGAACAGAAAAAGUUCGAAGAGGCUAUCCAAUGUUUAAUUAAACAAUGUAAUCACAAAACACUUGAAGUUCAACAUGGUGCCCUACUAGCCCUUGGGACUUGUUUAGAGUCAAGACUACGCAGUAAAACAGGAAAGAUGGACAGUCUUGUUUCAAAUGUUAUUUAUAUACUAAACGAUUUCCUGAAAAACAGCAAUCCUCUCUUAUCCGGAGCUGCUUGUAGCAGUAUAGGUAUUAUAGCAUCCUGUGCAUCCUUGCCCAUUGAUAAUGGGAAAAUUAAUGAAAGUCCAAAUGCUAAAAAACCAGCUACUGAAGCCAUAACUAAAGUAGACUUGUUUGGAAACCUUCUCAAUAUCAUGAAUAAUAAAAAAUUAAAUACCAAAUUGAAGGAGAAAGCCGCAAGAUCUUUGGGAUUGCUUUGUGUUGGUGAACGAUUUCCGCAUGUCAGACAUGUUCUGGAAGGGUUAUUGGACACAGCAAAAGAGACUAAAGAUGUCGAAGUCCACUUAACCAUUGGUGAAUCAUUAGUAAUGUGCGUACAGACUGUUUACUCCCCGGAGGCCAGAAAUAAGUGGUUUGACAGAAUUACUGAAUACAAUCCAGAGGAAAAUGAUGAAUUACCAGAUGAAAAUCUUGAUUGGCUACUGGGUCAAUUACUGAAACUAAGUGAAAAUACCAAUCCAAAUUCUAGACAAGCUUCUUCCAUUUGGCUUCUGGCUGUAGUAAAAAGUUGUGGUAAAAGAGAACCCAUUUCCAAUCGUUUGGAUACAUUGCAGAAUACUUUUCUGGGACUUCUUGGAGAAAAUAAUGAUAUUGUUCAAGAUGUUGCUGCCAAGGCUCUCUGUGUUUUCUAUGAUACUUAUAAGUCAGAAGAACUUUUAUCUGCUCUAGUUCGACAACUAACUACUGGCGCUAGGCAAGUUCAGCAAGUUUCAAGCGAUACUAAGUUAUUUGAGGCUGGUCAGUUGGGUGCCUCACCGACAGGCGGAAAUUUGACUACAUACAAAGAGCUGUGCUCCUUGGCUUCUGAUCUGAAUAAACCCGAUUUGAUUUAUCAGUUUAUGCAUCUAGCGAAUCACAAUGCCAUGUGGAAUUCCAAAAAAGGUGCAGCAUUCGGGUUCUCCACAAUUGCAAAGAAAUGCGGAGAAGAAUUGAAGAACUAUCUGCCUGUCAUCGUGCCAAAGUUGUAUAGAUAUCAAUAUGAUCCGUCGCCUAAUAUUCAAAAUUCUAUGCACAAUAUUUGGAGGGUGCUGGUUUCUGAACAACAGAAAGUGGUGGAACAAUAUUUUCACGAAAUUCUCAAAGAUCUCAUCGAAAAUUUGAACUCUGGCCAAUACAGAGUUAGACAAUCUUGCUGUCUGGCUAUCCAGGAUCUCCUGAGGAGUUCUGGAAAUAAGUCUGUUCAUGAUGCUGUGAAUAAUAUGGGAGAGUUGUGGACCAAGUUGUUCCGAGUAAUGGAUGAUCAUCACGAGGAGACCAGAACUGUUGCAACUAAUACCGCCAAAGUUUUGAGCAAACUUUGCGUUCAAGCGUGUGGUGAAGCACAGGGAAAAGAUGGGAUAAAAAUGAUGGAAGCGAUAUUACCGCCUUUGUUGGAUGAUGGUAUUAUGAGUAGUGUGGCUGAGAUACGUUUAGUGAGUCUUCAGGCUAUUUCGCAAUUGGUAGAUUUGUGCGGAAAACAAAUCAAACUUUUCCUGCCGACGAUUAUACCGGCUCUACUGAAAGCAACUGGAGAUCUCGAGUCAAGCAAACUCUCCUAUCUGAGUACAAGGUUAGGAGGAACUCAGUCACAAGAGAUAGUCGAUGAUGCUAGAGCUUCUAUGGCUAAGUCGUACUUCACAACAGAAACGGUUUCAAAUAGCUUACAAUAUGUAGAUAAUUCCAUACUUGAACAACUCAUCCCAAAGAUCAUUGAUUUGAUGAAACAGUCAGUAGGAUUGGCAACAAGAAUUGCUUGUACACACUGUAUAACAUUGCUAAUUGUUCAGAUGGACGACGCCAUGCAACCAUAUUCAAAAAAACUAAUCUCAGUUUUAACCCGCGGUUUGCGAGAUAGGAAUGCCGCUAUAAGAAAAAAUUACGCUAUGACCAUUGGUUACGUAGCAUCUGUAGCUAAAGAUUCGACCGUUGAGAAACUGAUAGAAGACUUGGAUCAGUGGUAUAUCGAGGGAAAAGAUGCAUCAGUCAAAACGGCUGUGGCUUAUGCCAUUCAGUCUAUAAGUGUUCAGAGCCAGAAAACAAUGAAGAAAUUUUCAAGUGUUCUAUUACCUUUAAUUUUCUUCGCAAUGCACGACGAGAAAACUCCAGAUACUAUGAGCACCUUGCAGAUCUGGGAAGAUCUCUGGUCGGAUAAUACUGUUGGAACAGAAAGUGGAAUAAAACAAUAUCUACAGAAUCACAUCAGCACUAUAAAAUUAGCUUUAGAGAUGUCGUAUUGGUCGACAAAAGCACAGGCAGCAAAUGCAAUUACAACAUUGGCCAAUAAAAUUGGAUCAAACUUGGAUAUGAACAACCUCACUUCUUUGAUCGAUAUUUUAUUAAAUAAUUUGAAAGGAAGAACUUGGAAUGGCAAAGAGAAACUUUUGAAAGCUUUAGCUAGCAUAUGUACCAAUUGCAAAGACUCCAUAAACUCCUCAGAAGACCUAAAGAAACAAAUAGCUGAAUGUAUGUUGCAACAAUGCCAAAAGGAUAAUAUUCCCUACAAAAUUGAAGCAUUAAAAAGUUUGGGCGAUAUUCUUUCGUCACUAGAACUUGAUAAAUUUGAGGAAGUGUAUGGCAUUGUUAAAAAUAUACUUAUUGAAAACGGGGAUGGUAAAGACAAAGAUGAGGAAGAUUUGUCAGUUGAAGAAAUAGCCAAAAACAGGGAAGAUAACAUACAGUUGAAGUGUGCAUCCUAUGUAACAUUGGGCAAAAGUUGGAUUCCGACAACCAAAGGAACUCAGGAAAAAUUCAGAGAAAUUUUUGUUAGACACUGUAUGGAAUUCUUACCAAAAAUUACUAGAACAAUUCAAAUGAGUGUUCUGGAGGCCAUGUAUAACUUUGUUCAAAAUUUGAAACUCUUGGAAGAUAAGGAUUUGUCUGAAGCAGACGAGCGAAGUUUGACGUGCAUAGUUGAUCAGACGGUAUUAAUGCUGGGGUAUUCCUUGGCUAUACCUAAAUAUACAAGACUGAGGAAGGAAUCUUUGAAUAUCGUCACAUGCCUUGUGAAGAAACUAUCGAAACAUCGUGAAUAUAUGAAAGUAGCACAUCUUUUUGGAUCAGCAUUGCCCGAAUUAGAAGUGGAUUCAAGCCCGGAAAUCAAAACCAGGAUAAGAGAUAUAAAGUUAAUUAUUUCUGGUAAACACUUCGAAAAGAAUAAUUGUUGAUAUUUUAUGUUUCAAAUUAUUAUUCUGUACGAUGUAAUAUAUAUAGUUCAAUGAUGUGUUAAGAAUUAUGAUCGAUUUAAAUUUCACUGUUUUUCGCAUUGAAUAUCAAAUGUAUUGAUUAUGGUCAGUAUGAAAUAAAUACUAAUAACUAA